UUUUUCGCAUCUCCCUUACUAUUAAUUAAUUAUUACGAUACUAUUAAUUAUUUUUACGGGAUUUAUGACGCUUUUGAUAUCAUUUGUCACCAAAAAACGGAGAAAGGACAAAAAAUUUGUGGAUAUCUAUGUGUCUGUGACCUGGUGACUGCGUGAGGAGAAAUAAUACUGGAUUUUCUUCUUGCUGAAGGUACGAUGCCUCCCAAAAUGUCGAACCGUCAAAGAAAAAUAGCGGCCAUGUUUGCCGCUGAUAGUGAAGAAGAGAAUGAGAUGGAGAAAUUCGAAUUAACGAAUGAUGACAUCGCUAACGAAUUCAAUCCAGAUCGACCACAAUUCAAGCAAACAAAGGAACAAGCUCUUUAUGGAAUCUGGGCAAAAUCAUCUGAGAACAAUUAUGGCAAAAAGAAACGCGAUUUCUCUGCACCAGUAACCUUUAUCAGUGGAGGUUUAAAAGAAGGAGAAAAGCGUCAACGAUACGAUCCAGAAGAGGAAGAGAAUAUGGAUGAUUAUGAUGUUGAAGGAAGACAGACUAAAGAAACCAAACCUGUAACUCUACACUCAGUCCAGAAACCAAAGCCUAAGCCUUCGACCUCAGCAGUUGGUACCAGUGGAUCUGGUGGUCAUGCAUAUAGUUUAACAGCGAAACAAAAACAGAAAGAAAAAAUGGCGACACAAUUUGGUUCAUUUGAGAGGCAUACAAAGGGAAUAGGUAUGAAACUGAUGAAAAAAAUGGGUUACAAAGUUGGUAAAGGUUUGGGUCGAGAUAAUCAAGGUAUCGUGAAUCCAAUCGAAGCGAUGAAAAGAACAAAGAAAGCCGGAUUAGGAGCGGCAGGAACUGAAAGAACUAAACAAUCGUACAUUCAUUUUCCAACACAGGAUUCAGAGGAAGAAGAAGAAAAGGAUUUUAAGGAACAAAUAUCUCGAUGGAGGAAAGAUGGUGUUGAUCGCAACCAGAAGAAAUAUGUUUAUAAAACUGUUGAUGAAUUGAAAAAAUCUGGGAAGAAAAUUAAAAAGAAAAAAGAUGGAAAUUCAGGGAGUGAAACUGCGCUUUCUAGCGCUCUUGCCAAUGUGAAAGUUAUCGAUAUGACUGGACGAGAACAAAAAGUCUUUUCAGGGUACCAUGCAAUAGCAGGACGACAUGCGGUUGACCCAGAUGCCAGUAGCAGUAGUGAUGAAGACUACGAUAACGAUCGACAAAGGGCUGGAAAGGAAGGAGGAUUCUCUUGUCCUGAGCUCGAACAUAAUCUCAAUAUGUUGCUCGAAUCUACGGAGCAAAAAAUAUUACAUAAUGAUCGCCAACACGACUAUGAAAAAGAUAGAGUUGUGAGUUUAAAACAUCAACAAGAUCAAUUAAGAACAACAUUACAGCAAGAAGAAGAAGAAAUACAGAAACUAGAGAGGUUACUUCAAGUAGUUUGUCAAUGUGAAGAUCGAUCAAACUCAGAUGUUGAAUGUGAAUCGUUCCUUGAUGAAUUAGCGGAAGUAUUUGCUGAAUUACAGGAGAAAUAUUUUGCUGAGUACAAGAUGUUUGAAUUAUCUGAUCUUGCCACUGCUUUUGUAAUUCCUCAGAUGAAGAAAUAUUUUGCAAGUUGGAAUCCUCUCAAAUCACCGUCUCAUGGAACAUCUGAAAUGAAAAGAUGGAAAACACUGUUGGAACUGGAUGCUGCGUCGUAUUCUUUACAGAAUUCCAUGUCCAAUACAAGCAACAGUGACAUGUAUCAAUACCUUGUAUGGGAAGUAUGGAUGCCUCGUGUUCGAACUGCAACUUAUCAGUGGAACGUCAGAGAUUGCGAUUCAAUGGUUGAACUGGUUGAGCAAUGGAUGCCCUUACUACCUUCAUGGAUACUGGAGAAUCUGUUAAUGCAAUUGAUUCUGCCUCGUCUUCAACAAGAAGUUGAAUCAUGGAAUCCUUUGACAGAUCCUGUUCCGUUACAUUCGUGGAUUCAUCCCUGGUUGCCGCUGUUAGAACAAAAAAUGGAACCUUUGUAUGCGCCAAUCAGACAGAAGUUGGGUAAUGCAUUACAAAUGUGGCAUCCCAGAGAUCCAUCAGCCAAAGUAAUCCUGGAACCAUGGCAUGAAGUCUUUUCUCGAGGAAGUUGGGAUGCUUUUAUAAUAAAAAAUAUUGUUCCAAAAUUAGAAAAAUGUCUUCGAGAUUUUAUUGUCAAUCCUCACGAUCAAUCUCUAGCUGAUUUCCAGUGCGUAAUGGAAUGGGAAUCUCUCAUACCUCGGCCUUCUCUCGUCUCAAUGCUCGAGACAAAUUUUUUCCCGAAAUGGCUCCGAGCGCUGAGCUCUUGGCUAAAUUCGUCUAAUGUUGAUUAUGAAGAGGUUUCACGUUGGUAUACUGGAUGGAAAAAAACUUUGCCAGAAGGAUUGAUGACAAACUCAUUUGUUAAAGACAGAUUCAAACAAGCAUUAGAAAUGAUGAACAGAGCAGUAACUGGACGGCCACCUAGGAAUGUAGACAUGGAUGCAGAAGAUUUUGAGCCUAAUAGAGCAGCAGCACCAGCGCGUCCCAGCCAUCCUUUAUCUCAGUCAGUGCAAUCAUCAUCCGUCCCGAUGAAUUUUCGAGAUCUUAUCCAACAGAGGGCAGAAGAGAGAGGGCUUGUAUUCGUGCCACUCAAGUCUAAUCCAGACGGGAAAACUGUAUACAGGCUUGGUUCCAGAGCAGUGUAUAUUGAUAGAAGUGUAAUAUACAUGAAGGAAGGAGAUGCAUUUCUACCUCUGGGUUUAUCAGCUGCUUUAGAUAAAGCAUCAGUUGGAUGAUGAGAUUGUUUCUAUCACCAUGUAGAAAAACUGCUCCAUGAAGCUCAUCUGAAACUGCCAGUCACUGCCUAUCAUGCUCAACAGCUUAAAGAUCAAAUUCGAAGAACUUAGAAGGUGGAUAUUGUUGAAGUUGGAGUUGCCUUUCACUUUGUUCAUUCUUUUCACCCUGCACCUGCAGCCUUUUGCUCGGCGUUUUUUUUUUUUCAAAUAUCUGGUGCAUUAAUAUUUGUCAUGCUAAGUUGAGAUAUUAGCAUUGAUUGAAAAUAUAUUACGUUAGAUACAAAAUGGAUUAGUAUAUACUAUUUAUUCAACCUUGCUUCUAAACAUUAUUGAUGAAUGAAAUGAUCUUGGAAAUAUUGAAAUACAUAACACAAACAAUCUUCUGUGUGACAGUACAUACAAACGCUCUAUCCUAUCACUCACACAUCAGAAAAACAAGUCUGAUCGAUUAAAAAAAUGAGGGGAAAAUGCAAUUCCAGAUCUAAUGCUGAUAGGUUUUCUAAUGUGUCAUAUUGGCUUGUUCACCAUCAAAACUUUAUAUAAUUACAGUGGUUAAUCAUAAAUUUCUUCGAAAGAUGAGUCUCUUUUACGUUUGUUUGAAAAACCUUGCUUUGGCUUUGAAAUUUUUUUUGAAAAAAUCACCAUCCUUAUUUAGAAUGUAUUUGGGCAUUAACAUACACAUAGGCAUCAGUUCUGAAUACUGUGAUAAACCCAAUCAUUUCUUUUUCCCACUACGUUUUAUUUUCUUUCUCAACUUUUUAUCACACAAUAAAAUGAAUCCUGUGGAAUGAUAAUCGA